ACUAUGUCGCUGUUGGGCGGCGCUGCUCUAUUCUCAAGUCACUGGUCUUUUCCCUUCUAUCAGCGGACUGCGAGCUCCAGGUGGACGCCCGCGGCUCGGUUCAAGGUUGCACCUCCAACGCCCGCACGUAGCAGCUGCCCGCAGGGCCCUCGGCGGGCGGGACCGACCGCGGGGACGCUGGACGGGGGUGGCAUGGAGGACGACGACGAGGAGAUUACCGCCGCCACGCUGCGGAUCAAGCCCCGGCCGCUGCCCCUCUCGGCGCUCUCCGCCUUCAGCUACGUCCCGCCGCGGCGCCUGGACCCCAAGGAGCACAGCUACUACUACCGCCUGGGCAAGGAUCUGGAGGAAUGUCUCAGGAGACCUGGGCUGCGCAGCUGGUGGGGUCAGGACUCCCUCUGGGCUCUGCCUGAAAGCGCUCACUGCAGCGACUGUGCCCAGAAAGUCCAGGGUACCGACGACGCGCUUGGAGGGCCCUCUUGCAAACCGAAGAUAACCACAGGCAGUUCUGGCCAUCCUGCAGGGAGAGCAGGACAGGGAGGCCGCACCAGAUUCUGGCCUGGCUCCAGCAGGCACACGCGACUCAUGAGAAAAUCCUGCUGGUCUGUGACGGGCCACCAUGCAGCCAAAGCAGGGGAAGAAGCCAGAGGAAAAGAAGCAAAUUCAGAGCUUGUCAGGAGUCGACGACUGCUUUCGUCAAGCUGUUUUUCCUAAAUGUCUCCGAUGUUUCUUGCAGUUCAGGCUGCAGGGACAUCAUUAUUAAAAGGAUCUCUGGGGUCGCUCAGCCUGCAGGGACAGUGAGUGGCUCAGAGAGGGUAUAGGUUAGCCAAGUGCCUAGGAAGAAGGAGGUCUUUCCCUCCUGAUGUGUAAGGUGUCCGCACGGAAUGACCUUCCUUCUCUUCUCCCCACCCAUCACCCAUAGAGCCCACAUGAACCCCCAUCCGGAUCAGGUCUGCACGCAUUCAGGGACACGUGAAAUGUCAGAGAACAGAAUGUCAUGGAGCUUACCCUUACAAACAAAAGCAGAAGCUUCUAGUUUAGACAACUGUUACAGGUUGAAUUGUGUGUCCCCCUAAAAUUCUUAUGUUAGAGUCCUAAUCCCAAGCGCCUCAGAAUGUGACCUUAUUUGGAGACGGGGUCUUUACAGAGGUAAUCAGAUUCAAGUGAGGUCAUUGGCGGGGGGGGGGUGCCUCAUCCAGUAUGACCGGCGCCCUUAUGGAAAGGGGACAUGACAUGCAUAGAUCGAAGAUGAAGGGAAAAGGCAGGGAGAAGACGGCCUUCGACAAUACAAGGCAAGGAGAGGAGCCGCGAAUAGCUUCUUCCCGCACAGCCCUCGGGAGGAGGGAGCCCUGCCCAUACCUUGAUCUCAGACUUUCUGCUGCCAGAACUGUGAGAUAGUACAUUUCUCCUGUUUAACCCCCCCCCCCCCCCCAGUCUGGGUGCUCUGUUUGGGCAGACUGAGCAAACUGACACACGACCUUGGCCAGGAGGCUCUCUUGUAUCGGUUAGCUCCUCCCCGCUCGGCUCUGAGCAAUAUGGAAGGACUGAAGGACAGAAGGAAGAAAGGGACAUCUGUGGCCAUUCUGCGCCUCCCUGUUCGGUGCACUCUUGGCUUGAACGUCCACUGGGAAUUAAUGCUGGGGUGGAUUUAGGGCAACAGUGCCCGACCUCACUGCCACCACGGACCUCCUAUGUUUUCCUCCCAUGAAUGAUAUGUUUUGAAAGAACUUUUAUCUGUAAAUAAUUUCAUUUAUUAAAUGAAUUUUACAAUUUAAGUAUGCAAAA